UAAUUCACAUGUGGAUGAAUAAAUUAUGUCAGAAUCUUUAUAUUUUUUGUGAACUAUCUAUAGCCAUGUUGUGCAUUCUCAACACUGUUCACUGCCUGGAUUUACUUGAAAUGGUAUACACAUGGAGGCUAAGGUCAACCUGAAUAUUCCUUUGUGGAAUGAGGAAGUAAAACUGGUUCUGUGGCAUGAAAGUCGUUUCGAUGAAACUUUUUAAAAGCUGCUACAAUAAUGCACUCUUGCAAGACAACAAUCCAUAAUCAUGAUUCAAUGUAAACACAUCUACUCCAAGGGUGUUUAGUAAAUCAACUGAGCUUGUUAAGUGAUGUAUGAAGACUUCUAACUCUUGUAACAUGUUUUUUUUUUUUUUAUACCGUUUGAAUUCUGAGAGCCCCUUAGGGAGGUGCUACUGUAGGGUAUCAAAUAUCACCAAUAACACAGACACUGCUACCUGUGAACACUGUAAAUGGGCCAAGGGUGAAAAAGUAAAAUAUCAAUCAAAUAUCUUUUAUUCACCAUUUCCCAGACACUUAUAUAUUUGGUGUCUCAUCAAGUUUGCAAACUGCAAAUUAGGUUCAGUUUCUCAAAGAGACAUUAAAGGAAUGGUUGACCCAAAAAUGGAAAUUAACUCACUCAUUUACUCACCAUCCUAGUCUAGAUGUGUUUGUCAGCACAACACGAACAAAGAUUUUAAGAAGAUUAUUUCAGCACUGUAGGUAUUUACAAUGCAAGUCAACAGGGUCCAAAACUUUGAAGCUCAAAAUUCACAGAAACGCAGCAUAAAAGUAUAUAAUUAAGUAUUUAAGUAAUUUUUACUGUAAAUUCUCCUCUUGCUCAGUAGGUGGCAAUAUGCAUAAAGAAUGCGAAUCACCAAAAACAAAAGAAGUAGGACGCUUAGGAGAUACGCACUUAUGAUGGCUAUUUGAAAGUGGAGAUUUAUAGUAAAAAAAGGACAAAUAUUAAUCUGUUUCUCACCCACACCUAUCAUAUUGCUUUUGAAGAUAUGAAUUUAACCACUGGAUUUGUUUGGGUUACUUUUAUGCUGCCUUUAUGUCCAUUUGGAGCUUUAAAGUUCUGGCCACCAUUCACUUGCAUUGUAUGGACCUACAAAGCUGAAAUAUUCAUCUAAAUAUCUUCAUUUGUGUUUAGCUGAAGACAGACAUUCCGACACAUCUGAUAGCCCACGUACAUCACCCAGACAUCUAUUUGAUAUGUGUGUUUACAAGACUUAUUUUUUAAGUUGUUUGCUCUACUGCAAUACAUCUAUAAUACGUUUACUCCUGGACGUCAAUAAGACAUUCAGCAGAUGUCUUUUGAGACAUUUAUGAUUAAGACUGUAAAUCUGAUCUUUUAAAGAUGUUUAGCAGAUGUUUAUUAGAUGUGAACUUUCCAGAUGAAACUAUCUAAAACAGACAUCUCAGAGAUGUACAUGUGCUAUCUGGGUGUAUAAAUGAUGAGAUAACUUUCAUUUUUGGGUGAACUAUUCCUUUAAAUAUUAAACCCUUAUACAUCUUAUUCAGAGUAACACCAUGUUUGAUUUUUGACGGGAAAGAAAACGAGGUUGUGAGGGACUAGAGUCUCUUCAAUUAAUUAACCUGCUCUGUGUAAACUCAGAUCACAUUUAAUUUUCAUAACUUGCAUUUUCUACAUCACUGAACAACAGUUGCCUACAACAGCCCCUCACAGCCUCGUUUUCAUACCCGUCAAACACUGAAUGAAGUCUGUUUGUUUAUAAGGGUUGAAGGGGCACAUAUAGCUCCUCCUUAGUCAGAUGGGCGGGCAGAAUUGGAGACGUUUCGCUGUGCUUGUUUUACCUGACUGGAGACGGAAAUGGCAUGACAGAUUGAUUAAAUUCCAAGCGCGAGAUUGUUAAAUACUAUUAACGAUUAAUCGACUCAGUUUUUCAUCUUUGCAGCAAGACUUUAAGGAUAAUUGUUUACGUUUGUAUUCCACUCUGAGGAAGUUGAGGCAUUAGUAUGCCAGGUUUAGAUUAUAAGUUUCUGGAGCGACCGAGGAGGAGGUUUCUUUGCCUUCUGUGUAGCAAGCCGAUGAGGGAACCGGUGCAGGUGUCCACCUGCGGUCAUAGAUUCUGUGACACCUGUCUGCAGGAAUAUCUCAGUGAAGGAGUGUUCAAGUGCCCAGAGGACCAGCUGCCACUAGAUUAUGCCAAAAUUUUUCCAGAUGUGGAGCUGGAACAGCUGAUUCUUGCUAUGCCCAUCCGCUGCAUCCACAGUGAAGAGGGCUGCCGAUGGACUGCACAGAACAAGCUGCUCCAGGCCCAUUUGUCAGUGUGUGAGUUUAAUGUGGUGUCGUGUCCAAACCGCUGCUCUGAGAAGUUGUUUCGCCGAGAACUGCCUGAGCACCUUCAGCAUGAUUGUGUUAAGAGGAAGCUCCACUGUGAACACUGUGGUGAAAAAUUCACUGGCGAGGCAUAUGAGAGUCACCAGGGUGUUUGUCCAGAGGAAAGUGUGUACUGUGAGAAUAAAUGCGGUGCUCGUAUGGUGCGUAGACUGUUGACCCAGCAUUCUGUAUCUGAAUGCACUAAGCGAAAACUGCCCUGCAGAUACUGCAGGAAAGAGUUCCUCUAUGACACUAUUCAGCAUCAUCAGCAACAGUGUCCACGCUUUCCUGUGCAGUGUCCUAACAGGUGCGGCACACCUCGAAUCACCCGAGAUAAUUUAAUGGCACAUAUAAAGGAAGGGUGCAGCACUGCAAUGGUGCUUUGCCCAUUCAAGGAGGCGGGCUGCAAACAUAGGUGCCCUAAGACUGCAGUGGCACGGCACCUUGAGGAGGCCGCCCACUCCCACCUCUCUCUGCUGUGUGGUCUGGUGAACCGCCAGAGACUGGAGCUCAGGGAACUCUGGCGUGGGGUUGAAGAACUGUCUGGAAGCCGAGAUGGCACGCUGCUGUGGAAGCUAACCGACUACAGCCAACGACUGCUGGAGGCCAAGAGCAGAACCGAUGGAAGUUUGGAACUGUUUAGUCCCACGUUCUAUUCCCAUAACUAUGGUUACCGUCUGCAAGUGUCCGCCUUCCCCAAUGGAAACGGCAGUGGCGAGGGCUUACAUCUUUCAGUCUAUAUUCGUAUUCUACCAGGAGAGUAUGAUGGGCUGCUGGAGUGGCCUUUCCCUUACCGUGUUACCUUCUCGCUACUGGAUCAGAGUGACCCAGCACUCACCAAACCACUGCAUGUCACAGAGAGCUUCAGCCCAGAUCCCACCUGGAAAAAUUUCCAGAGGCCGCGGCCUGGAGCUCUGGGAAGUGUUCGUGGGGGUUGUCUAGAUGAGAGCAUGUUGGGGUUUGGCUACCCGAAGUUCAUCUCCCAUGAGGAGAUGAAAAAAAGGAACUAUAUCAGAGACAAUGCUAUCUUCAUUAAAGCCUCCAUAGAUGUGAUCCAAAAGAUAAUAAACUGAACUGAGGUGCAGGCAGUUCUGGAAUGGGCCUGAUUCUCAUUAGCUCACUCUUUCAUUUUUGACAGAAAUGACAACAAGCACAGGUGUCAUUGACGGGUGGAACAUGUCCCUAACACUUUUUGCCUAGAAAAAUUUGUCCCUACCACUUUUUAAAAUAGCUUUACAUAAGUAUGUGUCUAAUAGAGGAAACAUCUCCAGUUCUUGAGCAGGAGUUUCCAUUUCAUUUGUGUGUGUUAUAAUAAGUGGCAUUCCAGCACUGGAGGUUUUCAUUACUUUAUAAUGAAUGCUUGUUACGGCUGAUAUCAGUGGCAUUCUUUCCAGUUAAAUCGAAAAGCAAAAUACAAACAAACGUGAUCAUAUAUCCACUGACUAACAAAAUCCCAGUACUGAUGGUGUUAGAUGUGCAGAUCAAGUUAUCCAAUUAAUAUAUGUGAAUUGAUAAUUAAAAACCAGUAUUUAUCCAUUUGUGAUGUCACAACACCAACUAUCCCCACCACUUUUACAACUAAGUGAUGCCCAUGACAACAAGCCUGUGAGGUAUAUAUUUCAGUCUCUUUAAUGGGUUGUACUGUUGUUUAAAGUGUUUUGGAUAGUUCUGCUGAUGAAACAUUGAAAAACAUCUUGCAGAUACAUAAAAAAAAGCUUUACACAGUGAGUCCCACUGAAAAGACUGUAAAGUAAGUCUAUCCCUCACAGCAUUGUUUUCAUUCACAUCAAUAAUCAAACAUGGCACUACUGUGAAGAAGGUCUAAAAUCCUUAAUGUUAAAGAAUGUGAAUAUAUAGCUCUAAAUGGCUUUUUGGUUUUACUCUAAAUGAGUAUUAAAAUCCUUGCAUCACCUUAUUAUAUUUAAAUAUAAAAAGGGUGCUUUACCACAGCUGAAGGAUAUUUAGGUACUGAAGGAUAACAUGUCUUUAACAAAUUUUCAUUGUAAUUUGGUUGUUUUUGAAUAAG